AUGGCGGUACCGACAUCGCUCGAACAACGAGCCUCAGCCUUUUCGCGUCUCACCUUCUCCUGGAUGGACCCAAUCUUGCUGAAGGGAUACACCCAGGGCAUCGGUAUCGACAUGCUGCGGCACUUCGACCAAGCAGACAAGGCGCAGAAUAUCCUAGCAUCUUAUCGGCAAAUCAGGAAAGACGCUACCUUAUCGUGGAGAUUGGCCUCCCUUUUCAAGACUGUAUUAAUUUUGCAGGGUACAUGGGCAUUAGUUGCGGGUAUCCUCACCGUGGCGCCUGCUCUGCUCCUGAACCUGGUCCUACAAUCUCUCGAACAACCCGGACGCUACCAACCACAUAUGAUAUGGCUUCUUGUCCUACUUUUCCCUUUGGUCGAUCUGAUCAAGUCAGUUGCAGACGGACAGGCGCUUUGGCAAGGUCACAAACUGUGCCUUCGGGUGCGCGCUUUGCUGAUUAGUGAGGUAUUCCGCUUAACGCUGCGCCAAAAGCUUGUGCACGUAGCGCCACGCAACGUCUCAAAUACAAAGAUCAACCAAACUAUGCUGGGAAGGCUGAGAACAUGGGUCCGCUCGACGCUAGGGGCGGAAGAAGGCGCCAUCGCCCUACCCAUCGACGAGCCUACCGCUGGCCUUUCUGGCUCAGAAGAUGGAAAGACCGGCUCAGAGGCUGAUGAAUCAGGUACCGGAAACACUAUCAACUUGAUGUCUAUCGACAGCUACAAAAUUGGCGAUGCCAUGUCGAAUUUGCAUCUCCUUACCAUUCAAGCGCCUGUGCAGAUUAUCAUCACCAUCGCGAUGUUAUAUCGCAUUCUAGGUUGGAGCGCAUUGUCAGGUCUCGCCAUUAUGCUUGUCACGAUCCCAAUGAACAUCGCGGUCAGCAAAGGCUUGGUACGCAACCAAGAAAAGAUGAUGGCAUCGACGGAUCGACGAAUCCAUGCAUCUAAUGACCUUUUCCGGAGCAUUCGCACUGUAAAAUUCUUCGCUCUCGAAAAUCACUUCAGCAAAAUAGUGAACGAUGCGCGAAGAGUGGAGCUGAAUGGGUUGCGAAAACGCUUCUUGUUGUGGGCGGCAUUCGACACCACCUGGUACGCUGUUCCUGCCCUCAUGACACUGCUAUCUCUCUUCUGCUACACAACAUUAGAGGGUAAGGCUUUGCACCCCUCCUUAGCCUUUGCCACCGUAUCUAUGUUCACGCUCCUAUGCGUUCCUUUGGGCAAUGUGGGAUUUGUGUUAGCCCAGGUUAUUGAGGCAGGCGUAUCUCUGAGACGCAUCGAAGUGUUUAUCCAGGAUGGAGAGCUUGUCUUGCCGCCUUUCAGCACGACCUUUGAAUGCAACACGGACAAUCCUAUGUUGGGCUUCCAUCAUGCUCACCUCAGUUGGGCUGGGUGUGAAGAAACCGCGUUGGAUGCACCCACAGCCUUUGAACUGCACGACGUGAACCUCUGCUUCCACACAGCAAAGCUUAAUGUCAUCGUGGGUCCGACAGGUGCAGGCAAAAGCUCUUUACUAUUAGCUUUACUGGGUGAGAUGCGAUUAACGAAGGGGAAUUUGUCACUUCCUGACAUCCGGAGCCGCGCCUAUGUCGCACAGACACCCUGGAUAUUCCACGGAACCAUCCGGGAGAACAUUUUGUUCUCAACUUCUUACGAUGCAAAACGAUACCACCAUGUCAUCGAGAUGUGCGCCCUCGAGCGCGACUUGCAUUGCAUGAGCGCCGGUGAUGCCACGGUCACUGGUGAAAACGGUGUCACGCUUUCCGGCGGACAGAAGCAGCGCAUCUCCCUUGCUCGAGCGAUCUACUCGCAUUCGCGCACGGUACUCUUGGACGACUGUCUCAGUGCGCUGGACCCACAUACUGCCAAAUUCAUCUUUGAAAACUGCAUCCGACAUCUGCCCCGUCAGGGUCGUACAUGCGUUCUCGUCACACAUAAUACGGCACUGUGCGUGCCGGCAGCUGACUAUGUGGUCGCUUUGGACAAAGGUUGCGUCAUCGCCCAUGGCUCCCCCCGCCAGGUCUUGAAUGCGGACGUGUUCCCUCGGGCUGUCCAUGAAGCAUUGGAAUAUGAGAUGACGAAGAUGGAGCAGGCGUCCAGUUCACUCCAGACGCCAUUGGCGGCUUGGGAAUCCCGACUGACCUCUCCAAACGGGAGUCACGACACCGACAUACAACCUGUAGAUACAAUGCUUACAUACCCAGACAGUGCGGACGCCGAGGAUGCAGGCGUCGUGGAGUGGUCGGCCGGUAAGCUCUACUUGGUUGCCACAGGAGCUUGGCCAUUCUGGCUGAUUCUGAUCCUUCUGUUUGCGGGAGGGAAGAUGGCUGGUGUGGCGUCCACCCUGUGGAUGGGACGAUGGUCUAACGAGUCCAUCUUGGGCGGUGAUGCCCCUGAUGCGGGCACACGAUCGACUCUCCGGGCACACAUUAUGCUGCAUCUCACUUCCCACAGCCGAUUUGGUGUCUCUGGGUCCAAGACUCAGCACAACCUCAUAGUACAGAGCCAAUUGCUGCCGACAGAUACCUCUAGUUCUUCGAUCGACCCUUUGUACCAUAUUCUCAUCCUCGGCAUAAUCAGUCUCGCAACCAUCACCUUUAUGAUGCUGCGAGAGGCUUGGGCGGCUUUUGGUUCGCUAACGGCGUCACGAAAAUUGCACACCAGGUUGCUCGAAGUCACCACCAAGGCAACAUUCCGCUUCUUCGAUACAACUGCCCUUGGACAGCUCAUGAACCGCUUCAGCAAGGACAUGGAGAUCAUUGAUCAACAAAUGACAUCUGUCAUGAUGCACAUUGUCAGCCUCAUCCUCGACACGAUUGUUUCCAUAGUGGUCAUAGCAUGGACCACGCCGCAGCUUCUGAUAGUGGCCUGUCUUAUCCUUUGCAUCUAUCUGGUCAUAGCCAGAUUUUACCUACGCUCGUCCCGAGAGCUCAAGGACCACGAAGCUAGAGGCCGGAGUCCGUUGUUCCAGCAAUUCGGUGAGGUGCUCACCGGACUCGUCACGAUCCGUGCCUACAACAAAGAGCAGUUGUUCAUCGACAGUAACGCAGAACGCAUCGAUACGCAGUCGCGGCCCUUCUUCCAUCUUUGGGCUUCCAAUCGCUGGCUAGCUCUCCGCACCGAGUUACUCGGAAACCUCUUAUUUGUCCUGACCAGCGUCUUCGUUUUGCUGAGCAACAACAUCAGCCCCGGCUUGGCGGCUGUCUCACUGACGUAUGCCAUGAGCUUCUCGAAUUAUCUCAUCUGGAUUGUACGCAUGUACGCUAUGUUCGAGCAGAACAUGAACUCUGUCCAACGCAUUUCUGACACGAUGAGCGCGGAGCAAGAGGCGGAUCCAGACACGGCGCAGUGCCACCCCGACGCUACCUGGCCCUCGCACGGAGUGGUUGAGUUUAGACGUUUCUCAACGCGCUACCGACCAGACCUAGACAUGUGCCUUCGCGAUAUCAGUUUUCGCGCUGACCGUGGGGAGCGGGUUGGCAUCGUAGGGCGUACGGGGGCUGGCAAGAGCACUCUAGGCCUUGCCAUGUUCCGGGCCUUGGAAGCCGUAGAGGGCGAAAUUCUAAUAGAUGACGUGGAUAUCAGUCAAGUUACGUUGCAACGCCUCCGUAAAUCCAUUACUAUAGUACCCCAGGACCCCAGCCUAUUCGCGGGCACCAUCCGGUCCAAUUUGGAUCCUCUGGACGAACACACGGAUGCAGAAGUAGAAGCAGUACUUGAUCACGUGCAGCUGUCGGGCGCGGCUGAAGGCGCAUUGCAUGCAGGAACUCGUGUCAUUGACGCUGGAGGCAAUUUUUCGCAGGGACAGCGACAGCUGCUGUGCCUAGCACGGGCUGUCUUACGGCGCAGCCGCAUCCUCAUGGUCGACGAGGCGACGGCUUCUAUCGACCAUGCUAGCGACACGCAGAUACAAGCAGUGUUAAGCAGCCUCGAUGCUACCGUUGUGACAGUAGCGCACCGCCUUGCUACCGUUGCAGACCACGAUCGUAUCGUCGUCCUAGAUCGGGGUGCUAUCAUCGAACAGGGCGCGCCUUGGAUAUUGCUCCGUAACCCUCACAGCGUCUUUCGCGCCAUGUGUGAGACGAGCGGCGAAUUUGAACGUCUAGUGCAUAUAUCCGACUGGGCUCGGCAUGCUAAGAGUGCUGUGGUGUAG